GUUGCACCGUCCGUAUGUUUGCUGUUGGUAGCCGCUAACCUACAACGGACUGGCGUGUCGUAAUUUUUGUUAAACGUACCUUAAGUGGACUUCUCCUCAAUCAAGAUGUCUCGGGGUUCUAUCGAGAUCCCUUUGCGGGACACGGAUGAGGUUAUUGAGCUCGACUUUGACCAGCUGCCAGAAGGAGACGAAGUCAUCAGUAUCCUGAAGCAGGAACACACACAGCUGCACAUAUGGAUUGCCUUGGCAUUGGAGUACUACAAGCAGGGCAAAACAGAAGACUUUGUCAAGCUGUUAGAGGCAGCGCGUAUUGAUGGAAACCUCGACUACAGAGACCAUGAAAAGGACCAGAUGACCUGUUUGGAUACAUUAGCAGCUUACUAUGUCCAGCAAGCGCGUAAAGAGAAAAACAAAGAUGCCAAGAAAGAGCUCAUUACACAGGCCACGCUGCUUUAUACAAUGGCAGACAAGAUCAUCAUGUACGAUCAGAACCAUUUGCUGGGAAGAGCCUGUUUCUGCCUUCUGGAAGGAGACAAAAUGGACCAAGCCGAUGCUCAGUUCCACUUUGUGCUCAACCAGUCCACCAAUAACAUCCCAGCUUUGCUCGGUAAGGCUUGCAUUUCCUUCAACAAAAAGGAUUAUAGAGGAGCGCUGGCGUACUAAAAGGCUCUACGUACAAAUCCUGGCUGCCAGGUAAGCACUGAGGUCCGGCUCGGGAUGGGACAUUUUGUCAAGCUCAAUAAACUAGAGAAAGCUCGCCUGGCUUUUGGUCGAGCCCUAGAGCUCAUCAAAUGUGUGGGAGCGCUUGUUGGCCUUGCAGUUUUAGAGCUAAACAACAAGGAGGCAGAUUCUAUAAAGAAUGGAGUCCAGCUGCUAUCCCGGGCUUACACCAUUGAUCCCAGCAACCCCAUGGUGCUGAACCAUCUCGCCAACCACUUCUUCUUUAAAAAGGACUAUAGUAAAGUGCAGCAUCUGGCACUCCAUGCUUUCCAUAACACUGAAGUCGAGGCAAUGCAGGCUGAGAGUUGCUACCAGUUAGCUCGCUCCUUUCAUGUGCAGGAGGACUAUGACCAAGCCUUUCAGUAUUAUUACCAGGCCACUCAGUUUGCCUCAUCCACUUUUGUAUUACCUUUCUUUGGCCUCGGUCAAAUGUAUGUCUAUCGAAGAGACAAAGAAAACGCAGCUCAGUGCUUUGAAAAGGUUUUAAAGGCCUACCCCAACAACUAUGAGACAAUGAAAAUUCUGGGGUCUCUCUAUGCAACAUCUGACGAUCAGGAAAAGAGAGACAUCGCCAAAGGUCAUUUGAAGAAGGUAACAGAGCAGUACCCAGAUGAUGUGGAAGCGUGGAUUGAACUGGCUCAGAUUUUGGAGCAGACUGACAUUCAGGGAGCUUUGUCUGCCUAUGGCACAGCCACUCGCAUCCUACAGGAGAAGGUGCAGGCAGAUGUUCCCCCUGAGAUCCUCAACAACCUGGGUGCCCUUCAUUUCAGACUGGGAAACCUGGGAGAAGCUAAGAAAUACUUCCUUGCAUCUCUGGAACGGGCCAAAGCUGAGGGAGAGCAUGAUGAGCAUUACUACAAUGCCAUUUCUGUCACCACCUCCUACAAUCUGGCCCGGCUGUAUGAAGCAAUGUGUGAAUUCCACGAGGCUGAGAAACUCUACAAAAACAUCCUCAGAGAGCAUCCCAACUAUGUGGACUGUUAUUUGCGCCUUGGAGCCAUGGCUCGUGAUAAAGGAAAUUUCUAUGAGGCCUCUGACUGGUUCAAAGAAGCCUGUCAGAUUAAUCAGGAUCAUCCAGACGCCUGGUCUCUGAUAGGAAAUCUUCACUUGGCUAAACAGGAAUGGGGACCGGGUCAGAAGAAGUUUGAGCGUAUUCUGAAGCAGCCGUCUACACAAAAUGACACCUAUUCCAUGCUGGCUCUGGGUAACGUGUGGUUGCAGACCCUGCACCAGCCCACCAGAGACAGGGAGAAGGAAAAGAGACACCAGGAUCGAGCCCUGGCAAUAUACAAGCAAGUCCUGCGAAACGACUCCAAGAAUCUCUAUGCUGCCAAUGGCAUCGGUGCCGUCCUGGCUCAUAAGGGCUACUUCAGAGGGCUCGUGAUGUGUUCGCUACAGGUGAGGGAGGCCACAGCGGACAUCAGUGACGUCUGGCUUAAUCUGGCCCACAUCUACGUUGAACAAAAGCAGUACAUCAGCGCUGUGCAGAUGUAUGAGAACUGCCUGAAGAAAUUUUACAAAUAUCAAAACACAGAGGUGCUGCUGUAUCUUGCAAGGGCACUCUUCAAAUGUGGGAAACUGCAAGAGUGCAAGCAGAUGCUUCUCAAGGCUCGUCAUGUCGCGCCCAGUGACACUGUGCUGAUGUUCAACGUGGCCCUGGUCCUCCAGAGGCUGGCUACACUGGUCCUGAAGGAUGAGAAGUGCAACUUGAAGGCCGUACUCAGUGCUGUCAAAGAACUGGAACUGGCUCACAGGUAUUUCAGCUACCUCAGCAAGGCUGGAGACAAGAUGAGGUUUGACCUCGCUCUUGCUGCCUCUGAAGCAAGGCAGUGCUCUGAUCUGCUGAGUCAAGCUCAGUACCAUGUGGCACGGGCCAGGAAGCAGGAUGAGGAGGAGAAGGAGCUUCGGGCCAAACAAGAACGAAGGGACCUACUGCGCCAGCAGAUGAUGAAAGAGCAGGAGGAAAAGCGCAACAGGGAGGCUGAGGAGCAGAAGAAGCUGCUGGAGCAGAGAGCUUUGUAUGUGGCGAGACCAAAAACUCUCACCUUUGCAGAAGGAUCCAAGGAGGCAGCUAAAGAAAAAGAAAAGGGAGGUGGACGUCGUAAGAAAGGAGGCGAUAUGGAUGAAUUCGUCAAUGACGAUUCUGAUGAGGACCUGCCAGUGAAGAAGAAGAAGAAAAGAAGGUGCAGUGGCAGCGAACAGGAGGAGACUGAGGAUGGAGAGAAGAAGUCACGUAAAAGAGGAAGAGUAAACCUGGUUGUGUGUUUCAGACCUGCUAAAGGAGGAGAUGAAGACAGUGAUGAUGAGGGGAGAUCACGUCCUAAGAAACAACGUAAACCAAAGGAACGCAAGAAGUUUGAAAAGCCUCAGCCUGAGCGUCUACCACCUUCUCAAGGAAAGAUCAAGUCGAAGGCUAUUAUCUCCUCCUCUGAUCCUCUUCAGAUGAGGUAUGGCCUGAAAAUAGCUGAGGACAGACACAGAGACAGCGGUUCAGGAUCUGAUGACGAGGUCAGCCACAGGAAGCGCAUUGCAUCAGACAGCGAUUCCGACGCCGGUAGGAAACGUUAUGGUAGCGCGGGCAGCCCACAGCGCUCAGCAGGCUCAGACGAUGACGACUCAGGCAGCGAUCAGCCGGUGAAGAAGAGGAGAGUGCAACGGCAGUCGGACUCAGAGCAGUCAGAUAAUGAGAGUAAGAGGAGCCGGUCGGGAUCAGACGACGAAUCGCGACCCGGAUCACCUGCUGCAGCGUCGGAUAGAGGAUGAAGCGGAUCUGGUAACGAAGGUUCCCCACGGCGUCUGACAACGGCUCAGAAAGAGGGCUCCAACAACGAGGACGAUGACAGCGAUUAAAUGGUAAUUGUCCCAAAGACUCAUCCCAAGUAGUGCUGAGAAAUCAGUUCUGUAUCACCAUUUUUGUUCUGUUUAAAAGCAGGGAUUUCUGUCUGUAUUUGGUCUUUAAAUUAGCAUAGAAUUUUUUUUUUUUUUUUGCACCAGCCAGGGUGUAUUAUUCAUGUCUUAUCAGAAUGUCUUUUCACAACUCCUGUACUUUGUACACGUUUUGUUAGGGAUAGAUAAAAAAAAAAAAAGCUUCAAAGCAUAAGGUUGUUAUCAUCUAUUUUCUAUGUCAGGUGGUCAGAUGAAACAAUGACCCAAUGAGCAAAUGGAGUGAAGAAAAUGUCAAAUAAAAGGACAAACUGUUGUGUAAGAGGUUA